AGAAUUCUGUACUGCCUGGGAGAUCUCUGAGAUAAAGACUGGGGCAAGUAGACAAGCAGCAUUCCAUCUGGUGCAGGCUUCCGGGAGGAGUGGGGCAUCCUUGCUGCUCAGCCACUGCUCCGGAGCAGGUGAAUAAAUGACCAGCAGGCAAACAAAAGUGAAGAUUUUUAAACAUAGUUUAUUACAACUGUUCUGGUGAGAGGAGAGUGGCUCCUUCACUGACUCCAGUCUGUAUGUGGCAGACCUGUGUCCACCCAAGGAACAUCCACUCACCUUCUUCAUUAUCUGAGAGAGAAAAACAAGGAGGCCUUUUGAAUUACGUUGAAGAAGAGGUAGUGUAAGUUUCUAUCUUAUGAUGCAACUAUUGUCUGAAGGACAAUUAAGACUUUGUGUUGUUCAACCAGUACAUUUUACAUCAGGGCUGCUCAUACUUUUUAUCCUGAAGUCUAUCUCACCCCUAAAACCUGCCCGGCUUCCAGUUUAUCAAAGGAAACCCUUUAUUGCUGCUUGGAAUGCUCCAACAGACCUGUGUUUGAUAAAAUAUAAUUUAACACUGAACUUAGAAGUGUUUCAGAUGAUUGGAAGCCCUCGGCUCAAAGACAGGGGGCAAAAUGUUGUCAUAUUUUACGUCAACAAAUUGGGAUAUUACCCAUGGUAUACAUCAGAAGGAGUACCCAUCAAUGGUGGUCUUCCCCAAAACACAAGCUUACAAGUACACCUGGAAAAAGCUGCCCAGGAUAUUAAUCAUUACAUCCCUUCUGAAAAUUUCAGUGGACUUGCUGUUAUAGACUGGGAAUAUUGGCGCCCACAGUGGAUCCGGAACUGGAACACAAAGGAUAUCUACAGACAGAAGUCACGAACUCUUAUUUCUGAUAUGAAAGAGAACAUAUCUGCUGCUGAUAUUGAAUAUUCAGCCAAAGCAACUUUUGAGAAAAGCGCAAAAGCUUUCAUGGAAGAAACUAUCAGAUUGGGAGUGAAGAGCAGACCCCAGGGCCUUUGGGGUUAUUAUUUAUAUCCUGAUUGCCAUAACUAUAAUGUUUAUGCCACAAACUAUACUGGGUCAUGUCCAGAAGAGGAAGUUUUGAGGAACAACGACCUCUCUUGGCUCUGGAACAGCAGUACCGCCCUUUAUCCUGCUGUCAGUGUUAGGAAAUCCUUUGCAGACAGUGAAAACACUUUGCACUUCUCACAAUUUCGGGUGCGUGAAUCACUGAGGAUUUCCAACAUGACAUCACAUGAUUAUGCUCUGCCUGUAUUUGUCUACACACGCCUGGGCUACAAAGAGGAACCUUUACUUUUCCUUUCUAAGCAAGAUCUAAUUAGUACCAUAGGAGAAAGUGCUGCAUUGGGCGCUGCAGGCAUUGUUAUUUGGGGAGACAUGAAUUUAACUUCAUCUGAGGAGAACUGUACAAAGGUGAACCGCUUUGUAAAUUCUGAUUUUGGCAGCUACAUAGUCAAUGUGACCAGAGCAGCUGAGGAAUGCAGUCAUCAUCUUUGCAAGAAUAAUGGGAGAUGUGUACGGAAGACAUGGAAAGCAGCUCAUUACCUCCAUUUGAACCCUGCAAGUUACCACAUAGAGGCCUCUGAGGAUGGAGAAUUCAUAGUGAAGGGAAGAGCGUCAAAUGCUGACCUAGCUGUGAUGGCAGAGAAUUUCCUGUGUCACUGUUAUGAGGGAUAUGAGGGGGCUGACUGUAGAGAAAUGACAGAGACCAGUGGCCCCUCUGGGGUUUCCCUUUCCUCUAGCUCUGUAAUAACAAUGUGUCUGCUAGUUCUAGCAGGUUAUCAAAGAGUUCAGUUGUGACAUAAUUGACUUUAAAGGGAAUUGCAUCCUUUUAAGUAGGGUGUUAGGGAACAGAUGGAUUUCACACUCUUCUCUCUUAUGAGUUCCUCUGAGAGGCUUUAUAAAUCAACAUACGUGCCACAACAUAAAUAGGAACCUAUUACCUUAUUUGCUACACUUAGGUUAGAAACCAGAUCUAAGAGAACAAAGCAAUGCAUACUGUUUUCUUACUUGAAUAUUUCAAUUACAUUUAAAUAGAAUUGUAUUCUUUUUCUAAUUAUAUAAACACAAGUAUACAAAUGAAUACUAAGCUUGAUACUUCAAGCACAUUUUCUAGGUAACAGUUUAUUUAAGGACUGGUUGCAAUGUAACCAACCUAAUUCAACAGACAGAUCAACUCAGCCAGAACUGGGUGAACUAAUUCAUCAUAGAAGGUGAAAUGCAGGGCUACUGUGCCAGCCUUGGCUUCACUUGUGUCUGUUUCCCUGAUGAACUCAUGGAGGGCAGGAUUAUUUAUCAAUGUGGUUUCUUAGGAAGAGAGAGUUCAGGAACCAGAUCCCAACUAUCAGCUUCUUCCCUCACAGACCCUACCAGUCUGCAAACUACAACAAGGUCCAGGAUCCACUGAGCUGGAGACCCAAAAGCUGGAGCCAUGCUGACUUUUGAAAGCAAAACCUUUUUUUUUUUAAUGAAAAGAAAGUGUGUAAGGAAAAUCAGCUGCUUUGUCUGCCACUGCUCCCCAUCUAAAUGCUGAGUAGUAGAUUUGGAUUUAGAAUCACUUUGAACCUGAUUUGAGUCACGGUUUUCACUAUGUAUGUGGUGGUAUAAGUCUUAGCAAGUUCUUUAGAAUCCCCUUUAUCAACUGAAAUUUAGUAGUAUAAUUUUAUCUCAGCAAAUUAGCAUAGUAAUUUGCUUUGCACUCCUGGGUUCUUAGCAAGGUAGCUGAUCCAGGACAAUCUCCUGAUCACCAAAGAGAAGUCAAGCUGUUUUUUCUGUGGCCAGGGAUCAUUUAUAGUCACUUAGAUAUUGUGCUGUGGUCUCGAGAAACACUCUGAGGGGAUACGAUUUUCUUUCCAUAAGGAAAAUUCGAUGGGAAGAGAAGCUCAAAAAGGAUAUGAUGAUACUGAAAAAGAAGGGGUACCACUUGAUGUCUUCUCCUCUUUCUUAACUCUCUCAACUCAGGUCCCUGCUUGCUAGAGGUGACUGUGAACAUUUAAUUUUGAAAUGUACUAUACAAACAAACAAUGCUUUAAUAAUAACAUGAAUGAAAGAUAUGAUUAUGUACACAGAUUAACAAUUUAAAAAAUUAAAUUAAUUUUUAUAUGAAAGUUUAUGUGAUUAUCAUUAUAGAGCAUUUAUAAAACUUUAAGAAUAACCAAAGGAAACACCAAUAAACACCUUAAUAUAUGAUGAAAA